UAUUUCAUAUAAAUGCAAAUGAAGAAGUUCACGUUCAGCGAGCUCUGUAAACAUCCAGAUUAAUCUAUAGCUGACUUUAUGCAGAGCAUCAAGUUUGAUAAGAAGAAUAAGUUCAACCCAAGUCUUCAUGAACAAGCUCUCGGAAUAUUUGAGUCAGACCAACCACUCAACUGGAGCAAGGUUUUCAAAACCGUCCUCAACAAGGACACUCAGAGUAUCAAUAGGCAUAAACGAAGAAGAUUCCAAACUAAUAGAGAUCGAAGGGAUCCGAAUAAUUUUGACACCUUAAACAUAUCAAUUGGAGAGUUAGGACAUGGCUCAUUAGACUACUCCUUCGGCUCAAGAUCCGGGUCCAUACAUAGCCACAGAAGUAGAAAAAGUAGGAAAAGUCGAAGAAGCAAAAUGCAUGAAAAUUUUACAAACCAUAAGAUAUCAUCCCAUAACUGCAUAAAUCUUCAUCCAAAACCUACAAUGGUGAAUUCUAAGCCAAAGAGGUUGAAUUCUUUUAAACCAUCGAUCAAAAAUCUUCAUAUCAGUCGAUUGAAACCGAGGGAUAGAAAAGCAACUGUAAACUUUGACAACGGCCUCAGAGUCUUGCAUGAGCAAGCAGAUGAAAUACAGAAGAGCCUGGCUAUUUCCAGUGACAAUUUGAAAUAAGUUAACCAAAAAGCUGAAAUCAAGGAAUAACCACAGGAAGGUUACAAAUGUCACAUUCCAGCUGAACAAGUCUGGCAAGAAGAUUUGGAGGAUAGAACCUCCUGAGAAAAAGAAGAGGAAUUCCAUUACCAACAAGUUCUCCAACUCAGUACUUUCUUCUUACAAGAAUGGACACACUAAGAGAGUGGAUCAUGAGAAUAACGGUGACAGAAAGCUAGGCUACCACAACAAGAAUCCCCUUCUGCUGAAUAUGAAUACUACUAAAUCUGUUGAUCCUCACUGAUAUCUAAAUUAUCUUCAUAUUCAUCCUUUAUAAAGUCAUCCAAAGGAGAUAAUGAUAGCUUGAAAGCUCUCCAAAGUAAGCAGCCGAUGAAACUUUCUUGAGAAAAGAAAGUUGGGGCUAGAUAUCAUAGCUUCAAUCACAGUAUGUCAGUGGGUAAACAAUCCAAUUCAAGUGAGAGCGUGUCUUUCUUCCAGGAAGAGGUCAAAAUUGAUGAAUCCCAAGAGUUAGAGGUCAGUCAGAAAGAGCUCAAACCCCAAACUUCUUUGCCUAGAAAAAGGCUCUUGUCUCAAAAUGUAUCUGCUGGUUAUGUUGAGAGCCAGUUCAAGCAAGCAGAAACUAAGCGAGAUACCCAAACUAUCCCUAAAUAUCUAUUGCAGAUGGACAAGAUUAUGAGGAAGUUGAUCCUCCAGAAAUGAGACUUUGUUAGGGAGAAACUCAAUACUCGAAGGGCAUCUCCUCGGGCAAGGUUCAUCAAUCCGUACUCGACCUUUCAGAAGACGUUAAGGAAGCCGAAAUAAGCUUGAAAUGAUUUACAGUUAUCUUGAAAAUUAUGAAAUCCUUCAAGCAUAUAAAAUCACGAAAACGGUGAGAGCAAGGACUAAGAAAGUAUCAAAAAUUCUGAAAUACAUUGCCUAUCUUAAGAAGCUCAUCAAGGCCAGGAAUGACCUUAAGAAGCAAACAGAGAUUUUUAAGGAGAUAAGCCGUCUUGAGAUAGGGAUUAUGAUACCGAAGAGGAUCAAUUUAUCUUCCUACCCAAAGAGCAUAGAUAACAAGCUGGCUAAGCUAUCCCCUAGUAAUGUUGCGAUACCUGGGAAUGUCCCGAAGAUAAUGCUCAAGAGAAAUUCUCUUGAAGCAAGGAUUCGGAAGAAGAAAAACAGUUGGAUUAAAGAAAGCCUUCAACGCCAAAAGCAGAUUUAUAAACAAAUAAAGGUGCCUAGGUAUGCUAUGCACCAUAACUCUUUUGCAUUCUAAACACACUUGUUACCCAUAUGUCAUGCCAAGAUUGAUGCAGGAUUG